CAGCGUUGAUGAAUGUGUACGAGUCGAAAAAGGCUGUUUUGUAAUAGUCAGAGCUAUAAUUUUCUCUGUUUAGAUCUUCUACACAGAGAAUACAGUGAUAGCUGUUGGAUUUCUGUCCGGGAUGAUGACAUAUUAAGUAACAAAAAAAUUGAUAUAUUCUAUAUUGUUAUCUGAAAAAAAUAAGAAGUAAGAACCAGUGCAAACACUAGCAUUGUGUCAUGUUUUUAAACAUUCAUUUGUGCGAUGGAAAGGUGAUUUGUUUUAUGUAAAAUUAAGAAAUUGGUGGCAUUUCCUGUAAGAAAACGUUCUAAAGGACAGCAGCAAAAACAAUCCGACUUACAUGUCUACAAAUUCUGUUCUUCCGAGGAAGCUUGUCUAAGCCUGAAGACACCGAUCUAGUUAUGUCAAAAUCCAACCUAUUGUAGCUCGAGAAGACUGUGGAUCCAGUUAAAAAGAUGGUGCUACAUAUCGGUGGAUAGACACGUGACAGUUUCUAAAGGCUCGCAAUGGGCAAUAAACUAGACAGUAUCGUCCCUCCCCUUACCGUGAUCACAAUUAUCUUAAGGCUGAUUGGAGGAGUUGUCAGCGAUCUGAAUCCCCCGAGUUUUUUCAACAGUUCCGAUAAAACUGUCCUGGACUAUCUGUUAGAUCCUAGCAAGUAUGACUUCAGAGUGCGACCACAAGAAGAAACGAUUGUGAACGUCACAGUGACUCUUCUAACUCUAUCGUCACCAGACGAGUCCAGCUUGCGAUAUGAAGUGGAGUUUCUUUUGCAUCAAGUUUGGGAGGACCCACGACUCAAGUAUAAUAAUGGAGGUCGACACAAAAUUUUGAAUGCAUUAACGCAUGCUGGGAAAAUAUGGAUACCUGAAACGUAUUUCAUCAAACAUGGCGAUUUCAAGUAUCCCCUGGUUCCCGUCCACAUUACUCUUCGUGUCACCCCAGAGGGCAUUGUUCAGUACACUCAAAGAAGAGAGAUGGUUUUAAACUGUCAAGGAAACUUGAGAAUUUUCCCAUUCGACAAUCCAAAGUGCCCUUUUGCUUAUGAAAGCGUGUCCAAUGAAAAGACCGAAGUGAAGUUACAGUGGUCCCAUACCGAACAAAAUAUAAUCAACGCAACAUCUCUGAGAAAACAUAACGCUUACUUGGUGAAAAACGACACAGGAGACUGUGACCGCAGGUACACGUGGCGAGAUGAGUACAGUUGUUUAAAGGUAUUACUUGUAUUCACCCGAGACAAGUCUUUCUACUUCAGCACCGUUUUCGUUCCGGGAAUUAUUUUGGUAUCCAGCUCCUUCAUCAGCUUUUGGCUGGACAUCAACGCUGUGCCUGCCCGCGUUAUGAUCGGUGUGACCACUAUGUUGAACUUUUGUACCACCACUAAUAGUUUCCGGUCAACUUUACCAGUUGUGUCCAGCAUUACAGCCAUGAACAUGUGGGAUGGCGUCUGUAUGUUCUUCAUCUACGCCUCCAUGCUGGAAUUCAUAGCGGUCAACUAUCUGUAUAGGAAACGAGGCCACAACCAACCUACAAAUCGUUCUGCGCCUGCAGCUAACCAGCCAGUGACGGAAUCCUCGCGAGGCAGUUCAGCAGUGACCCAAGUAGGUCGCAAAUUCGGAAAAUAUGGGGUGGGUUGCGCUCAUAAGGUUGGUCAGGAGGAUACCAAUCACGAAAGUAACAACACACGACAAGAGGUUCCUGCGUUCGAUGAGAGUCGAUAUCAAGGAGAAAAAGUCAGAGCUGUUGCUUCUGUUUUUGGUUGGCUGCGUCGACCACUCGUACUAGAAGCUGACAUGGGAACUCGACCAAAACUCGCCAAGAAAAUUGACAACAUCUCCAAAGUGGUGUUCCCACUUCUAUUCUUCUGCUUCGCUUUUGGAUUUUUCUUAACAUACGCUGUGAUUGAACCAAUGCAAGAUGAAAAUUGGGUCCUCACAGAGUAACAAAACAAUGAUAAUCCUAGCAUAAGACGUACAAUUUUCUCUUCUAAAGUAUGAAACUAAGGCUUGGCAAUGAGGUUAUCAACGAUCGCGGAAAGAUGGAAUGCUUUGAAAUAAAAAAUACUCAGGAUCUGUUACUAUCUUCAUUCCCAGUAUCAAGAUUAAGUCGUAACAUUUGUACCAACUGUAAAUCUUAAGUCCAAGUUUGCUGUCGUGAUUCUCCACUAAGUCUCCUAUAGGACAGAGAAAAGAUUAAGGUGCCUAUACGUUGCAAAAAGAACUUGUAUGUAUCGGAAUAAGAUUAACAUGUACAAUGCCCUUUCGUUGUCUCAUCUAUUUAUUGUUCAUAAUUCGUUACUUAAUUGAAACUAGACGUGAUGUAGUUCGCAAGAUAAUUAUGAUUUUUAAUAUGUAAGUGUAUUAUAGUAAUUCUUACAUAUGAUAGAAAUUUUUAAUGCUAUUUAUUAUAUUAGUAUGUGAAUCAAAACUUAAAGCUUUCAGAAAGAGAGUUCUUAGUUUCAAGAGAUGUGACGAGUCUAAAUAUCUCAUCUUGAUACUGUUUACCAACUAUGCUACAUUUAUAUCAUUAUAUUAAUAGUUUCUUUCACACACUGCUUUAUAAUUAGUCUAGUAAAAACAAUACUUUCUUUUUACGUAGAUUUAAAAUUGUAUUCCAGUCGUCUAAUAUUAGGGUCUAAGGAUAUUACAAUUGUGAUACGUCUGAUGAGUUUUUUUUUCCUGACUUAAUACGGAUGAGUGCGGAUGGACAUAAUGCCUGCCACAGAUGGUAAUAAAUCUAAGAUGAAAAUAUAGUUGGAAUUAUAUAUAGUGAACAGCAACGCUUGAAUUUGUCAAAAUUAAUAUCUAAACACUAAAUUGUACUUGAUAUGGCACAUAAAAUACGAAUAUUAUGGUUAUGUGGUUAUACAAGUCAGUUGCGAUCUACGUUUACAUGUACAAUUGAUUUGUUCUGAUGAUAUUUUCUAACGUUACGCACCAAGUUUUUUCAGAGCUUAGUAUAUUACAAUCAACACAGGUAAUAUUUCUAAAUAAGUAUUAAAUUUACUUCACUCACCGGUUUGCGCAAAGCUAUU